AGCAGAUACCAAAUACAAUUAAAUAUAUAAACACAAAAUAAUUGAGCUCCUAGUCGGGGUUUCUCUUAUAAACUAUUUAUUUAUUUAAUUUGUUUGGAAAAUAAAAAUAACAAAUAAUUAAUAAUAAUAUGGGGAUGUCUGAAAGUAUCAAGGUUAUUGUCUCUCUCUUUCUUGUGGUGUUAUUGGCUCUUGCAGCAACUCAGACAGAGUCAAGAUACAUAAAUUAUCAUGCCCUUCAUGGAGAUCACAGUUUGAUUUGUGAUAAAGCGAACCCAAGCACCUGCAAGAAGGAAGAAGCCAAUCCUUAUACCAGAGGAUGCGAGAUAAUCGAUCGUUGUCGUGGUCAAUCUCUAGGCCCAAAAAUGUGAAUCGACCAAGUAGAGUACCACCCUUGGUUAAUUUUACAAAUGAUAUCUCCAUAUUAAUAUUAGAUGAUUAAUUUCAUUCAUUAUUUAUUUAUACUCUGUAUUGGUUUGUAACUGAUUGUUACCCUAUCAUUUAUGAUCAUAUAAAACAAAUAUAUUUAUGUUA